CCGUAACGAAAUAUCAAGUAGGAGGGGAGCACUAUCGGGAGAUACGCUCAUAGUUCCGACAGUGGCCACGGUCCUCUCACUCUCCGCUCUCGGCGUGUACCUAUCAACCACUACGGCGGUGUUGCUAGUCAAUGACACGUGAUCCAUCAAUGACUUCGGAACGUCGUAACUACGGUGAUGUCCGGCCGGGCAUGUCCGUCUUAUCCGUCUAACUCGGGCGAAUAAAUAGUUUUAACAAAACAUAAGUUCGUCGCGUAUGUCGUACUAAAUUGGCGACCGUUCGGUAAAAACGUUAAUAAUAAAAUAGUAUUAUGGACAAACAACACUUGGACGUGGCGACAAUGCCGCUGGACAGAACGAUCAGUCUAAAUGUGGACAAUCGACACUUGACGUCCAAGUCGAAAUCGAGUUCGCCGUCGGUAAAAGACCGGUGGUAUAGCUUUCGCGGGCGUCCGCGAGAUGAGCGCCCGUCCAACGUGGAAGAGUUUCUAUUCAUGGAGAGCUUGCCAGACGCAGUGGCCGAAAACCGAGAAAUCGAACUAUCUGUAAUAAUCUGCAAGGAUACAAUCCGACAGGACCUAAUGAACUCGAUGAGGACGUGCAACGGGCGGCUGCCACUCUUGCAACAAGUAGAGCAAGGCACGUUCGAUCCGGAGGAACAGCAACCCCAACCGCCACUCAACCAGGUUGAGCUGGACAGGCUGUUAUGUUGGGCUGUAUAUGUCGGUGCGACCCAGUAUCUUGAAUACUUAUACGAAAAAGGAGCCAACAUCGGGUGCACACACUGCGGUAGCUUUACCGCCAUACAUCUAGCAGCUUUCAUGAACAACGUCGAUGCUUUGAGAUGGUUAAUUAACAAAAAAUGCAAUAUCAACUCAAUUCAAAAUGGAUUCACUCCACUCCACUCUGCAGUAAUGGGGAAUGCUUUAGAAACCACAAAAAUCCUAAUUGAUCAACGAUGUGAUGUAGAUAACACAGUGCUUCAUUGUGCUGUUCAAGCGAAUUCUUUAGAAUGCGUUAAGUAUAUUUUGCAAAUAGGCGUCGAUGAUCCAAAUGCUUUUGAUGCCCAUGGCAACACACCUCUUCAUUUAGCUGCAGAUAAAGGAUACACUGAAUGUCUGAAACUUCUCUUGGCUGGCAGCAACAAAUCGAUAAAUCAGAAGUCCAGGACCAGACAGUCGACAGCGCUGCAUAUGGCAGCUGAAAACGGUAACACGGAAUGUGUUCAAAUUCUUCUCAACAACGGAUCUAGUCAUGGCAUAUUGAACGAUAAAUACCAAACUGCACUGCACCUUGCCGCAAAAGCUCAGUGUGCCGAAUCCGUAGGAAUAUUAUUGGAAUUGGGAGCCGAGGUGAACGCGUUAGAUAUUGACAAGCGAACUCCACUACAUUCAGCGGUAUGUAAAGCUUUUCUAUCGUUCCAUGUGGUUGAAGUAUUGGUGAAAUGGGGUGCGGACGUCAAUAUUCAAGAUAGAUACGGCUACGCACCGCUCCACAUAGCUGCGCUGAAUGAACUAUCACAGUGUGUCGACUUUUUAAUCAUUAAAGGAGCGGACAUAAGUUCUAGAACAAUUGGUGGAAUGAGCGCUCUAAGCAUUAUUAACCGAAAGACUCCUUCGAGUAUUAAUACGAUCAAAAAAAAGUUGGACCAAGCCAUUUCCCUUAAUGAUCCUGAAGCUUCUAUCAAGGAGGUCGAAUUGAAAAUGGAUUUUCGAUAUUUAUUACAGAAUCCAAGUCAUGGCGAAAUUAUACUGCUACACACUCUAGAGGAAUGUGGUCAGAAGUUAAUGCUCGAACACCCAUUGUGCAAAGCGUUUUUAUAUUUAAAAUGGCAAAAGAUCCGUCGUUUUUACUUUGUGCGUCUUAUUUUCGAUGCUAUAUUCAUCCUAUUAUUAACAGCCUAUGUAAUUACAGCUCUAGCUCACGACUGCUAUAAUAGAGCUAAAAACAUAACUGUCCAAAACCCGGACGUUUGUAUACAAAGCAAUUUAUUUGGUUUGCAUCUCAUAUCAAAUAUUUGGAUCAUGGAAUUUAUUUGGUACAUUUUGUUGGUGUUCACGUGCAUAGUAAUUGCCAGGAAGUUAAUUGGAUUUGCAGGAUUCGUAUCGGCCAAACAAUAUUUUUCAAACAUCACAAACGUGAUCGAUUGGUUUGUCGCGGCUAGCGUUUUUCUAACGUCAUUUGUGUACAAUAACAGGACUUAUCAUUGGCAAAACCACGUGGGAGCAUUUUCCGUGCUGUUUGGAUGGUCAAAUUUAAUGUUGAUGGUUGGGCAAUUACCUAUAUUUGGCACAUACAUUGCAAUGUUCACUAAAGUUCAAGCGGAAUUUGCCAAAUUAUUAUUAGCAUACUCGUGCUUGCUCAUUGGCUUCACGAUAAGUUUUUGUGUUAUAUUUCCCACGUCCUCGGCCUUCAACAAUCCUUUAAUAGGCAUUGUUAAAGUCCUCGUAAUGAUGACAGGAGAACUCGACUUAGAUUUACUACUUGGAAAGGAUGAAAAAUCCUCCGUUAUACUUAAUAUAAGUGCUCACAUUACGUUUGUAUUGUUCCUUAUAUUCGUCACAGUAGUGCUAAUGAAUUUGCUGGUAGGAAUAGCAGUGCACGAUAUUCAAGGCUUACACAAAACUGCCGGUCUUUCGAAAUUAGUCAGACAAACUCAACUUAUUUAUUUACAAGAACAGGCGUUAUUUCAAGGGUUUUUACCAAGACGCGUAACAGACUUCUUUAACUGGAGCGCACGGGUUUCACCGCUCGCGUACCGGGUGGUGCUCUACGUGAAACCAUUAAACCCUAGGGAAAAAAGGCUGCCAAAAGAAAUAAUGGAAGGUGCGCUAAACAUAGCUAAACAAAAACGACUCAAUAUUGUAGAUUGCAAACAAUCGGUUUUAGAAAAUAAAAUAGAAAAUAAAGUAUUGGUCGAAGAAAUAAAACAGCUUAAAGAAAUAGUGCAACAUCAACAAAAACUAUUACUAGAAUUAAUUAAGAAGUCUGAAUAGAUGCCAUAGUAUACUACACGUUUAUACACAUUAAUGUAUAUUAUAU